AUGCAUCUAGUUACUGUAGCGACUUCGCUCAACCAGUGGUCCCUGGAUUUUGAAGGCAACUAUGAGCGAAUCCUCCGUUCUAUCCAGCUCGCCAAAGCUCAGGGAGCCAUGCUCCGAGUCGGUCCCGAGCUCGAGAUCCCCGGAUACGGAUGUCUCGAUCAUUUCCUCGAAGUCGACACUCACCGUCAUUCAUGGGAAGUCUUGGCCAAGCUGUUAGCUCAUCCUGACUGCCGGGAUAUCAUCUGCGAUGUCGGCAUGCCGAUGACUCAUAAGAACAACAACUACAACUGCCGAGUCAUCAUUUACAAUGGAAAGAUUCUGAUGAUUCGACCCAAGAUGUGGAUGGCCAACGACGGGAAUUACCGAGAGCUGAGACACUUCGCACCGUGGGACAAGCACCGAAAAGUAGAGGAGCACUCAUUGCCCAGGAUCAUUCGGGAUGUUACCGGACAGAGCUUGGUACCUUUUGGUGACGGUGUGGUGUCUACCGACGACACCGUGAUUGGUGUAGAGCUCUGUGAAGAGCUAUUCACGCCUGCGUCGCCCCACACGUUGAUGGGCCUCGAUGGAGUCGAGAUCUUUACCAACUCCAGUGCCAGUCAUCACGAGCUGAGAAAGCUUUACACUCGAGUCGAGCUGAUCAAGGAGGCUACCCUCAAACUCGGAGGUAUCUACCUUUACGCCAAUCAGCAGGGAUGCGACGGUGAUAGGCUCUAUUAUGAUGGGUCUCCUCUGAUUGCUUUCAACGGAAAGAUCGUCGCCCAGGGAUCUCAAUUCUCCUUGUCUGAUGUCGAGGUUAUCUCGGCCACGUUGGACCUCGAGGCCGUCAGGGCGCACCGUACUCAGAGCAGCAGGAGGAUGCAAUCUGUUCAAGCCGAGGCUUAUGAACGGAUCCGUGUUGAGGGCCUUCGUCUUGACGGCGGGUUGGGCGACGAUUUUGACAGGCGAGAAACCGCUAUUCGUGAGAUUUACUAUCACACGCCCGAAGAGGAGAUUGCUUUGGGACCGGCUUGUUGGUUGUGGGAUUACCUUCGACGAUCCCGGACGCAGGGAUACUUCUUGCCGUUGAGCGGGGGAAUCGAUAGCUGUGCUACCGCCUGUAUUAUUCAUUCGAUGACUCGACUGGUCGUCGAGGCUUGUCAGAAAGGUGACCCUAUCGUCAUUGCUGACGUCCGCCGAAUCACGGGAGAGGAACCUGGCUCGACUUACGUCCCGUCCGAUCCUAAGGAGUUUGCCAACCGGAUCUUCCACACCUGCUACAUGGGCACCGAAAACUCUAGUCCGGCUACCAGGAAGCGAGCCAAGGAUCUUGCCGAGGCUGUCGGAAGCUACCACGUCGACCUGAACAUGGACGCCCUUGUUACCGCCGUUCGAGACAUCUUUGCCUUUGUUACCGGCCACAAGCCGAAGUUCAAGGUGCAUGGCGGCAGCAACGCAGAGAACCUCGCUUUGCAGAACAUCCAAGCUCGUCUGCGAAUGGUGCUUGCCUACCUCUUCGCGCAACUGUUGCCUUGGUCGAGGGGCAAGCUCGGCGGGUUGUUGGUGCUAGGAAGUGCUAACGUCGAUGAAAGUCUUCGAGGGUACUACACCAAAUACGAUUGCUCGAGCGCGGACGUCAACCCCAUCGGAGGUAUUAGCAAGACAGAUCUCAAGAAAUUCAUUGCGUGGACCCGAGACAACAUGGAUCUUCCUGUACUUACAGAGUUCUUAGAUGCCGUCCCGACUGCCGAGCUCGAGCCGUUCUCAGACACCUACGUCCAGUCUGAUGAGAUCGACAUGGGUAUGACCUAUGACGAACUUUCGGUCUUUGGUCGAAUGCGAAAGGUAGAGAAAUGCGGCCCGUUCGCAAUGUACACCAAGCUGCUUCAGGAAUGGGGAAACAGACUGCCCCCAGAGGAGAUCGCACGAAAGGUCAAGCACUUCUUCUUCGAAUACGCUCGAAACAGGCACAAGAUGACUACCUUGACCCCGUCUGUACACAUGGAGGGAUACUCGCCCGACGACAAUAGAUUUGAUCUUCGACCUUUCCUCUACCCUACCGAUUUCAAGCAUCAGUUCGCUCAGAUCGACGCGCUGACCAGCAGGGUUCAAGCCAGGCAUGCCGAAUCGAAGAACGCCGAGAAGACCAAAGUGGAUUGA